UCUUCUUGCAGUGCGCGCACGGCCUGUCAAUGCAGAGAGAGUACAUAAUUCCGUGAGGUCAUGUUUUGUAGCAGGACAACAGAAUAGCCAUAAUUUAUUAUCUAAAUAAAUAAACUUAAUUCAUCUUCAUCUUCGAGGACGCGGACUAUUGUGGCGAAUCCAGAAGUGACAUUCUGUAUUUUGUUGACGGAGUACAGCGAGCCUAGUUUGGAUGCCCAGAAAUCAGCUCCUCCAGGUUUCAUCAUGAAUAAAAACAAGCGAGGAGGAGAGAGGGAGUUCUACAGUUUAGAUGUCGGAGAUUCCACCUUCAAAGUUCUGAAGCGCUACCAGAAUCUAAGGCCCAUCGGCUCAGGAGCACAGGGAAUCGUCUGCUCAGCGUAUGACCACAACCUUGAGAGAAAUGUGGCUAUUAAGAAGUUGAGUCGGCCGUUCCAGAACCAGACGCAUGCCAAGAGAGCGUACAGAGAACUGGUGUUAAUGAAAUGUGUCAAUCACAAAAAUAUCAUUGGCCUAUUAAACGUAUUCAGCCCACAAAAAUCAUUAGAAGAAUUUGCAGAUGUAUACAUUGUGAUGGAGCUGAUGGAUGCCAACCUGUGCCAAGUGAUUCAGAUGGAGCUGGACCAUGAGAGGUUGUCCUACCUGCUCUACCAGAUGCUGUGUGGCAUCAAACAUCUCCACAAUGCCGGCAUCAUACACAGGGAUCUGAAGCCCAGUAACAUUGUGGUGAAGUCCGACUGUACAUUGAAGAUCUUGGACUUUGGCUUGGCUCGGACAGCGGCUACAGGUUUACUGAUGACCCCCUACGUAGUGACCAGAUACUACAGAGCACCAGAGGUCAUACUGGGGAUGGGCUACCAGGCCAACGUGGACGUGUGGUCAGUGGGCUGCAUUGUGGCUGAGAUGGUCAGAGGUAAUGUGUUGUUCCCAGGCACUGACCACAUUGACCAGUGGAACAAGGUGAUAGAGCAGCUCGGGACUCCGCCCCAGGAGUUCCUGAUGAAGCUCAACCAAUCAGUAAGGACGUAUGUAGAGAACAGGCCGCUCUACGCAGGAUACAGCUUCGACAAACUCUUCCCUGAUGUCCUCUUCCCUGCAGACUCAGAACACAACAAAUUGAAAGCGAGCCAGGCCAGAGACCUGCUGUCUAAGAUGUUGGUGAUCGACUCGUCUAAGAGGAUCUCGGUGGACGAGGCCCUGAAACACCCCUAUAUCAACGUGUGGUACGACCCAGCAGAAGUGGAGGCGCCCCCUCCAAAGAUCACAGACAAGCAGCUGGAUGAGCGAGAGCAUACGGUGGAGGAGUGGAAAGACCUGAUCUGGAAGGAGGUGUAUGAGUGGGACGAAUGGACCAAGCAGAAUGGAGUGAUCAGAGGACAACCUCCUCCUUUAGGUGCAGCAGUGAUUGACAGCUCCCCUCAGCCCGCCUCAUCCUCCUCCUCGGCCAAUGACGUAUCCUCCAUGUCGACUGAGCCCAGUGACCCCACCAUGACCUCUGACACGGAUAGCAGCCUGGACAGCCACACCUCCCUGGGAGCACUGGCCUGCUGCAGAUAACACACGCACACACGCACACACGCACACACACACACACACACACACACACACAGCCCCAGCCCUACACAUCCGGUAGUUUGAGACACUUAAGGGUCCUUCGUUUCUUUUUGAAAUUUAAUUUUUUCUUUUUUUAAUUUCUCUGUCUCCUAUAUUCUGUAUUGCUGAUUGUGUACAUGCUGUAAAUUAUUUAUUUAUUUUAUUGGGUCAGCUUCUGUCCCUCCAAGCUGUGUACAGUAUGUCUAUGCUGUAAAUUAUAGUCUUUUGGAUCUUACAGUGGAUGGAACUUUUUCCCCUUUUCUCUAUUAGAAAGUGUUUCCUUACAAACACAUAUUAUUUUAUUUUCUAGUAUUUAGUGUUCAUCUCAAUUUAUGUGGAUCCUAAAAACCAUUGAACAUAUUUCGACACCCUGUUACUCUGCCCACCCCUAGCUGUAGUGUUCUGUAGUCAUGGCUACAACAUUAAUUUCUGCACUAGUAGAACAUCUCUUUAUUUAUUAUUUGACUGUAAUUGUAACGUUUUUGGGUGUUGGAUCUGGAGAGAGCAUUGUUAUCGAAUGUUAAUGAACAGAUAUGGGAAGGCAAUAAAUAACCUGGCCCAAAUACCUUUGACACUUUCCCCUCUUUGUUGCAUUACUUAUUCAACCAGUUACAAUUUUCUCCCUGCCCCUCCUACUUGUCCCUAACCCUUCAAUGUUUGCAGAUCUGAUCAUUCUGGAUAAGUAUAAACACCAGUACAGUUCUGGAAACAUCAAAGGAUUGUGGCAAAGGGUAAGGGACCAAUUUGAGACAAAUUGGCUGUUAUGUUUUAUUGGUGGGGCCAGGAGUCUUUCCUCAGGUCACAUGACCAGGAAAAACCCCUAGCCCUAUUCAUUUGAUUUGAUUUAAGUGCUCUUACAGCUGUCUGUGUUUUUAACCCCUCUCUAUCUCGCUCUGCUGUAGAGGCACUCAAGAGUGUUUUGUUAGUUUAGUAAGCCUUAGCUCCUCUCUCUGUUAGAGGACUUGGUUUUUAUUAACUACCUCGCCUAUAUGAGUUUCUGAUUGACAUAACAGUCCACAGUCUUAAAAAACAGAUGUGAAUAAAGUUUUAGUUGUAUUUAUUUGUACCAUUAUCAAUGUUAGGAGACUGCUAGUAUUGUAAGUAUUCGCUGGGCACAGACGUCAAUUCAACGUCUAUUCCAUGUUGGUUCAACGUAAUUUCAUUGAAAUGACGUGGAAACAACGUUGAUUCAACCCGUGUGUACUAUGUAUAUACAUUUAUUUUUGUUUUAUUUUCAGUUGAUGUGCAAUAUCAAUGAUUUGUAGACUAUAGAGUAGGUAGUGAGUGGUUGAUUUGUAUGCUAGAUGGAUGUUCUCCAGGGGUUUGAAAAGGUUUGCCGCCAGCCAUGUUUUCCUUUUUCUAGAUGAAGACGUAUUUGAUGGCUCGAUUCCAAACCGAUCUCUCACCCCCCUUCUCGCUGUUCAAUCCCUAUAUGCCCUGUGUAUUUUUGGAACUGGGCCCCAUCCCUGGCUGUGGUCAGGCCUAUCACACACCAGAAACAUGGCUGUGUUCAGGAGGGCUCAAUGCUUUGGAACGUUCAGAUGGAAUCUGUGGAAUCCGUCUAGUAAGUUUCACCCUCCUGAACGCAACCCAGGUUUCGUGGUGUUUUCUGCGAAGGCCAGUUGUAUAAAUUUUAGCCUUUUGAUCUGGACAAGGCCUCACUACAGACUUAAUGUACACACUGGAAACAGUUAGACAAUGUCAACCUGCAACUCCUGCAAAUAAAGGGUUGAAUUUGA